AUGCUUCAGUCGCACAACAUGGCAUCAGCGGUAAUAUUAGGCCUCAUACUCCUAAUUCCAGUCCUCCUGAUUACCCCCUUCACAGGAUGGCCCAGAUCCGUCCAAUGGCCAAACAAACUUCUCCGCAUAUGGCCCCGCCCCAAACAAUCCAGCGAGAUCGUCUCGUUGCGCAUGUACCCCAUCAAAUCCUGUCGAGGCCUAGAAGUCCAAUCAACAAUCCUAAAACAACAUGGUCUUGACCUCGACCGCCGCUGGAUGCUCAUCGACCCAUCUUCAAAUACCUUCUUAACAAUCCGCCAAAUCCCCGAUAUGACUCGCAUCCGCACCGCCCUAAGUGCCGACGGCGACGAAUUGGUCGUGAGUAUCCCAAUCCCCGAAGCAAAAGACCAAGACCAAGACCAAGACCAUCAAUUCCACACAAUCCGCAUCCCUUCCCAUCCAUCCCCACAAUGGCUAGCGGAAAAUACAAAUCUGGGCCCCGCCCACAUCUGGGGCACGGAGACGGACGGAUACAGGUACAGCGAGGAAAUCAAUGCCCCCUUCUCCGCCUUCCUGCAACGUGACGUCGCCCUCGUCUACAAGGGUCCAACCCCACGCGUGCUGAAGGGUAACGGCGCCCCGCGUCGUCUCGGUCGCGUCCAGACAACCAACUUUCCCGACGUGCACCCGGUAUUGAUUGCUUCGGAAUCUUCGCUGGCAGAGUUAAACGGUCGUCUGGGAAAGGUGGGUGUGGAUCCGAUUACUGUCGAGCGGUUCCGUCCGAAUAUCGUUGUGCGCGGAGGCGUGCCAUGGAGUGAGGAUUCGUGGAAGUUGGUUCGCAUUACCGGUCGGGAGGCCAGCGGUAUUCCUGGUGAUUCUGCUGGUUAUGACAAAGCUGUUAUCCGGUCCCCGCUUGAUCUAGAUAUUUUGGCUCGCUGUGCACGCUGCCAGGUGCCUAAUGUCGAUCCAACUACGGCAUUCAAGAACAAGAAGCAGCCGUGGGAUAUGCUUGUUUCGUACCGUAGGGUCGACGAGGGGGUUAAAUACAAACCUUGCUUCGGGAUGCUGAGUGCGCCGCGUAAUGAGGGCGCUAUUGAGGUUGGGAUGAAGCUGGAGGUUUUGGAGGAGACGACUAAGCAUCAAUACCUUACUGGUUUUUAG